CAAGGCAAACUGCUGAUAUUUGUCGUGUUUAUCCUGGGGUAUAUUUAUAUGGCACAAUGUCAGACUCAAAUUCAUAAUUUUACAUAAAUAAUAUAAGCUAUAGGCUAAAGUUAUAAAGUUUACUGUGUUUUAAUAAACCUUGAGAAUGUGUAGCUGGAUUAGUUCAGUGUAAAGGUGUGUGAAAGAACAAUAUGUGACUCUUAGCUUAAUUGUGUAUUGAAUCUUUUUCUCCCAACAAUAAAAGUUCAAGUAAGGACAGGUUUACUUAUUGCUCCAUUACAUGUAUGUCAUUGUGCAUAGAAUGUCUUUCAUUUUAAAUCCUUCACACAGGAACAUCAUUUACAAACAGAACAAGACUCACAAAAUUGUAUGCAAACGAUAAUGUUUAGGUACAGGGAUUGCAGUUACAUGGAUUCAUGCCAUUCAACAAGUAGCAUUCAAUAGUUACUGUUCUGUCUUAUGAAGUAACUCCUUUUUAUUCUUCUAGUUUCCUAACAGGGUUUGUUACUGGUGCCUAUGCUGACAAAAUUUGAAGUUUAGUUGCUGAGCAUUUUGCUGUUAGUCAAUAGAAAAUAAUAAAAAUGGAUCCUGAGACCACAGCAAUACAGAAAAUUCAAAGUAAUGGCAACAGACCUGAAGAAUGGCUGGAAUUUUUGGCCCUGCAGCAAUCGAAGACAGCUGCUGGUCUUACUGAUGAGAGCUGUCGUCAUCUACUAUAUCUCUAUGAAAGAGCUGUGAGUCAGAUUCCAGCUGAGGAAAAUAAGAAGAAUUUUUCCUAUGCUCAACUCCUUGUGGAUUUUGCAAAACUUCAAACGAGAGUAUCUGAGGAUGAUGCAAGGAGUACAUUCCAGUNGUGA